AUGGCCGAACAAAAGAUUCACCCUGCUACACUUGUUACUAACAUCAAAACUUCAUCCCUAUUGUUCUUGAUUACAGUGGCGAAAGCUCCUGAAUCUUCUUCUUCUGACCCUGCACUAUGGCAAAGACUUGAUAACAUCGUUCGACAAUGGAUAUAUAAUACCAUCUCGACCGAUCUCCUCGAUUCGAUUAUAGAUCCCGAUGACAAGGCUAUCGAUGCUUGGAAAAGGUUGCAGAAUUUCUUUCUCAACAACAAGUCAGCCCGUGCUCUUCAUCUUGAUGCGCAAUUCACAAACACCAGGCUCGAUCAAUUCGAGGGUGUUAAGCCGUAUUGCACUCGAUUGAAGUCUCUUGCGGAUAGUCUCCGGAAUGUUGGUGAUGCAGUUUCUGAUAAUCGUAUGGCAUUACAAUUAUUGAAGGGGCUCUCGGAAGAUUACAAGGACUUCCGUACCUCUGUUCGUCACCUCAAUCCUCUUCCCAAUUUUGACGCCUUGCGCUCUAUGCUUGAAUUGGAGGAGCAGGGUAAUGCAACCGAUGUUCUACAUUCCAGUGAGGAGGCUCACCUCUCACAAUCAUCAUCAGCUGCAUUUAAUUCGCAGCAGGGCAAGGCGAUUUAUGAAUCUCCUCGCAACUCACAGCCUGCUCGCGGUGGUCGGAAACCCAAGGGAAAGGGAGGCAAAAAGAGCGGUGCUGGGUCCGGUGGUCGGAGCAACCAGCCGCCGCAACACACACCGAAGCAGUCACAGUCGGCACCACAUCACUCCUCGAGUCAGCAGAGGUGGCAAUAUCCACAUCCUUGGGCAUAUUGGCCUGCACCUCCCUGCCCAUAUCCAUCGCAAGCACUUGGCCCAAUGCAGUGGGCUGCUCGGCCCAGUCAGUCAAGUCAGCCACAGCCUGGUCUUCUCGGGUCCAGACCACAGCAGCAGGCGUACUACAUGUCCGACCCACCUUCCCAUUCUUCAGGGUAUGUGCCAACCAACAUCGAGCAAGCUAUGCAUACAAUGUCCCUUGCCGAUCCAAAUUAUUAUAUGGAUAUCGAGCUACAUCUCAUAUGA